ACAUAUACAUUCAGUUUCAAUUUGCCUCGAGGCGCGUGAACGUUGACGAUUUUUCAUGUUUUCUCGAAAAUCUUAAUCAUCUUCCAUCGAAACCGUUGUGGAAUAUUUUGCAUUUAAGCGUUCUUUUUAGUAAUUUAUCGAAUCGAUUUGUGUAAAUUUUGUUGCCAGUUACUUCGGGAGGCGAGAAAACAAUAAUUCGCUUCGUUGGACAGUUUCGAUUUGCCAGGGGAAGAAAUGAUGGAUUCGGUGUUCCGUACUCGGUCUCUCGGCACUGCAGCUGAGGGUAUCCGCGACCAAUACGCGGAUGGAAGAGCAGCCAAGGUCUGGGAGGUGUUCAUCGGCGAUAAGAAACAAAGAACCCAGAAUUAUCGGGACUUCUUGGUGGGUCUGCUUCGAGACAAAGGGUGUCAUAGGAUAUUGGACGUGGCAUGCGGCACUGGCGUCGACUCGGUGAUGCUCCUCGAGGAAGGCUUCGAGGUGGUCAGCGUAGACGCUUCAGACAAAAUGCUGAAAUAUGCUCUGAAGUCCAGGUGGGAGCGUCGGAAGGAAGAGGCAUUCGACAAGUGGGUGAUCGAAGAGGCAAAUUGGUUGACCCUGCCGAACGAUAUUCGUAAUCUGAUAGGAGGGGGUUUCGACGCGGUAAUCUGCUUGGGGAACAGUUUCGCCCACAUGCCGGACACGUUCGGCGAUCAACGAGAACAGAGACAAGCUCUAUUGAACUUCGAGCGUUGCGUGAAACCCGGCGGUUUGCUGUUGAUCGAUCACAGGAAUUACGAUUACAUAAUCGAGACUGGCGAUAUACCGCCAAAAUGUAUAUACUAUAACAGUCAACACAUGACGACCAUCAAGGCUUCGGUACUGUUCGUCUCCGGGAAGCCAGCAAUCGUCACUCUAGACUACAUGAUUACCUUGGAGGACGCCGAGGCCGAUGAAAAUCAAGAGCACGUCAGCGAAUUCAGGCUCUCCUAUUAUCCUCACAGACUGAAAGUGUUCACGGAUAUGGUGGACGAGGCGUUCCACUACAGGGCGAAGCACGUCAUCUACGGGGACUUCAAGGCCCUCGACGAGGUCAAGCAUCCUGGCUUCUACAUACACGUGAUGGAGAAACCAGUCUAAAGAUAACGCGAGAAUUGUUCCGAUAUCUGCUCUUCGUGGUCUUUCAUUUUGCGAGCGAUUCACCUAAAAAUGAACGGGGCCAAUCUAAAUUAUCUCUGGCGUUCCGUGAAAGACGGAAGGGAUAAAGAAAACUGCGUCAUCUAGAGAGUUUGUUACUUGGUCGGAGACAACGAGCGCCGCCUAGUGACGCGCGUCGUAAACUCGUACGUUUGUAUCUGUAACGUUGGCGUAAAUUCAUUUUCAUUUUAACAUUUUGCGAAGUAAGGACCAAAAAUCGAUCGUUCACGAACCGAAUUAGCCCUUACACGUGUAUAGGAAGACAUAUUACUAUGAUUCGAAUGAUCGACAAUAAAAUUUUAACAUGAGAUUCUACACCUAAAAGUUAUAUUUCUUUAAGGGAGGAUUCUCAUGUAAUAGCUUCAAAAGCAACUAUUGUUUGGAUUGAAUGCUUUUGAGAAAAAGAGGGAAUAAGGAAACAUUUUUAAAUUACAGAAAACAAGUUUAUUUAUUAUUUAUUAAUUAAUGUAGUAUCUUCUUAACCUCUUCGACGAUGUAGCUGUUGUUUGUUUCUUCUGUAGCAUAUGGUACAUUCAUCUAAAUGCAAAGAGCGAACUGUUUUCUUAAAAUUAGUUUACGCUGGUAUUGAACCUGU